AUGUUGAUGAUCCGUAAAGCUGCAAUUUUUUUGAUCACAAUAUUCAUCAUACAAUUAUUAUUACAACAUCAAGUACAACAAACAUAUGCAAUGAAAAAAAUGAUCAUGAAAAUGUUGAGUAAAGAUAAAAUGAAAACAUUAAUGUUAAUGUAUGCAUUGGCUAAGAAAAAAAUGAAACCAAAAUUCGGUAUAUUGCCAAUACCGAUUCCAAUUCCAUUUGAAUUCAAAAUCCGUGAAGAAUAUGAUUAUCCUAAAUAUGAAUAUGGUUAUCCAUCAUAUCCAACAUCUGAUUAUAGCUAUGGGGGUUCGUAUCAAGGUAGCAAUGAUGCCUACGACAUUGAUGAUUAUGGUGGUGGCGAUGAUUCUUAUGGAAUGCAUGGUUUAGAUUACAGCGCUGCCGGUAGUGGUGGUGGUGGUGGUGGAUAUACUGAUUCUGAAUACAUGACCGGCAGUAUUAGUUCAAAACCAGUUACAUCAAGCGGAUACGUCACUGGCCAGCUUAACAAAGUCACUUUUGAUGAUAAUUAUGGCGGCGGUGGUGGAGAUAAUUAUGGAAGCAGUGGAUCUGGUGGUGGCGGAUACAGCAGCAGUGGAAGUACAGCAUACGGAAUGCCUUACAGUGGUGAUAACGGUAGUGGUGGUGGUGGAUAUAUAGAUUCAGGGGGUUAUAAUGGUGAUUCUGGGGGCGGUGGUAAUGGUGGUGGUGGUGGUGGAAAUAAUUAUGAUAUGAGUAGUGGCGAAGAUUAUUCAAACGGUGGAAAUUAUGGAGGUGGUGGUAGUAGUGGUGUAGGAGGAGGAUAUAUGAACGAUUAUGCUGCAUCCGCCGGUACAAAUGAAUAUUUCACAACAGGAUCAAAUCAUUAUGCAGCUUCAGCACCAUCAUCAUUACGAUCAUAUCGUAAUAAUUACAGUGGAAACAAUAAUAAUAAUCAUAAUAAUCCGGAUUCUGGUCCAAGAGCCAUAUUUGUCACAAUUGGAUCAGAUAGUUCACAACAACCUUCCUCAGCAUCAUCAUCAUCGACACCAGAACAAUCACAUUAUCAAUCGGAAUCAUUUGGUAAAAAUUAUAUAUCAUCAAAUGAAAUGAAAUCAAUGAAUUAUGAUUAUGGUCAUCAACCUUCAUCACAUACUCAUCAUCAUCAUAUGAAUCAUUAUGAUAAUAAUCUUGACCGCCAUUAUCAUCCUCAUCAUCAUCAUUAUGUACAUGAUGAUAUCUAUAAUAAUGGAAAUGGAAAUAAUUUCGGUAUCGGCCACAGCAGCAGCAGCAGUAGUAGUAGUAGUAAUUCUGAUGGUAUCAUUGAAAUGAAUAAACCAUUAUUGCAAAAUUCUUAUGAAAGCGAUUAUUCACCAACAUCAUCAUCAACAUCAUAUAUUGAUGAUCCAUAUGUAUCAUCAGCGACAUCAAAUCAGAAUAGUGCCACUAAAGUUGAUGAUAAUAAUCGUAAUAAUGGUAAUACAGAAUUUAGGAUAGCUAUUAUUGCUGCAACUGAUAGUGAUGAUAAAUUAACAUCAGAAUCAUCGAAAAUUAAAGCCAUUAUUGAACCAUUAAUUCCAUCGCCAUUAACUAUUGAAGAUCGUUCAUUAUCGUCAACUUCCGGUAGUGAUGUAAAAUCAAAAUCAUUGACAUUAAUAUAG